UGUGCGGCAGUGAGGCGCGGGAGGAGGUGCGGGUCGCUCCAUGUCGCCCCAGUAGCAGUGUUGACCUCAUGAGGCGAGGCGCUCCCGCUACCCCCUUCCCUUAACCUAAGCGCCGUGUUGGGAAUAUACCCCGACGGUUCUCUCAGGAGUAUAUAGCCUUUAUUGUUCUCUUGAGUUCGUAUUUGUGUGGGGAUUUUGUCCCAAGUAGCAGGGUAGUUUUGUGUUGGUGUAGUGGAGCAGAUCUUGUAGUGGUGGUGUGUUGGAGAGUGGUGAGAGGUGGACAAAAGGGCAGAGGAGACACGCUGCCUGUCUUUCCUGCUGUGUGCAAGUGUCACCCUUCUCCUCACUGGAGGACAGUUUGGUUUCAAUGGAUGUGUUCAGCGAUUGCCCAGCCGCAGACGUCGUACGAUGUGUCUGCGCUGAGCCAGUACCCUCAGCGGCUCCGCCAUGCGCUGCCCUCCGUCAUGCACGCCUCGCCACUCUGGGCCCCACCCGACUACCGCUUCAGACUUCAUAACUAAGUCAAUAGUGUGUUAGUGGGGUAUGUGCCGGCUGCCUCGGCUCAACAACGCCGGCUUCUCUUCAUUACAGGAUAAACAUGAUGGCUGUCAUAUGAUAGUGAGUCAAACGUCUCCAGCUGUGGACAAGUACCUUGUGUAUAUUGAGGAGAGUGACUGUAGCACUGCCUGACUACUCGCAGUCUGCUCAAAGUGUCAUUCGCCAUUCGGUGUAAGCGUAACCGUCGGUUUAAGCGUGAGAGCGUCGGUGUAAGCGUGACGGUCGGUUUAAGCGUGAGAGCGUCGGUGUAAGCGAGUAAGCCAUGCUGUCCUCUGAGGACAGUGCUGAUGACGAGUUUGUGUUCGUAACCAAGACGACGGCGGGGGCGGGUGUGGCCUACCAGGACUCUCCUGGCACCACCACGCCCAUCACCCGCCACCCCCGCCCACACCAUCGCCUCAACCAGCCUAUACCCAUCACCCUGGACCUAGUGACCAUGCCGGCGACGCCAGUGCCACGCACAUGGCCCGCCUCCUGCAGUGCCACUGCCACCCGGGCUAAGGUCACCCCGCUGCCCCCUGAGCUGAUAGAACUGCUGCCGCCACACCUGCGGGAGAACACGGUACCGGACUACUCAACGUCGACCACACCUGCAGAGGAGAGCUUGCCCGAGAGACCGCCGCUGCCCACCACCUACUGCCCAGGUGACUACUCUAAUUUGGAUGACCCCUCCACCCCCACCACACCACACAACUACGACUAUUUGUCCCACAUCAUCACCCCCGACGCCCUCGGUCCUCUUACGUCCACUCACGCCAUCCGGUCCGCGUCUCUCUCGCGGGCCACCGUUCGUAACACCUGCACUCCCAACUCUUCCCACACUGCUCCAGCUGCCCUGGCGCUCACAGACUCUGGUAUCAGCAGCGGCGGAAGCAGCAACAGCAGCAGAAGCAACAGCAGCAGAAGCCUUCCUCGAGAAGUAUCAAGGAUAUGCAACAGUGGGCGGCCCUUACAACCUCCUUCGCCCAAGUUCACUAGGACAGCCACGAGCAGCACCGCCAGCAGCACCAGCACCACUCAGCCCCAAACACGUGUCUCCUACACUGCCGUCCUGGCUAGUGACGGCGAGAGGGCCUCUAUGAUCCGCCGUCUGGAGGCCCUCACGCCAACACACACACCAUUGCUCAGUAACUUCAGAGCUGCUAACAGUCACAACAUUGGUGCAUUUCAGGCAGAUCUCUCUAACAUAGAGGAGCGUCCCCACACGCGUCACGUGGCCACAGCCCACACUACUGUUGCACCAGUUGACCAGCCCAAACCCAGCCCGGUUGCUAACCUUGUGCCAUCCUCUGUGUCUUGGACCACACCCACGCUAGAGGGCGGUGUGGGAUACUCUUUCCCUGACCCGCCCACCACAACACAGCCCACGCCCUCUGCCCACCCACCAUUUCCUCCCGCACCUGUGUCAACAUGCGCUCAUGUACACACACAGCGAGCAUCUACCCGACCCUCACAGACGUGGGCUGCCUCACCGCCCUCCAGUCCUCAAAUGCGUCGUGCAUGGAACGUGAUUGGUGUCCCGGUACGAGAAAUACGCCACAAAGGCAGUCCGUCACCAGGUAGCCGUAGCCCGUCACCAGCUCCCCACAGUCCGUCACCAGCUGCCCGGAGUCCUUCGCCAGCUGGUCGAAGUUCGUCACCAAUUGAAAUGUCCCAACGAGGCCUUCACUGUGGUGGCUUUCAUUCGGACUCUGAUAACAUCUACGAUAACGUGGUGGUGCGCCACCCACCCCUGGCUGCCGCCACCGUGCGGACUGCGCCCACUGCCAGCGUUCCGCCCACCUUCACCCCACAUCCCCACCCCACCACUCCGCCACGAAGAGUGCCCUGCUCGUCUCUUACUGGAAAACCGCCUUCGCCUCCCACCCAGCGGCGAGCCUCCCGCUCUCCCACGCCCCAGACGGGCUGGAAGCCAGCAGGCAGGCCCAGCAGCCCCCACUGCCUGCCUUAUUAUCAUACUCCAGACCCACAUUAUGGGGGCUGCUGGGUGCCCAUGUGGGGAUCGUCGCCGCAGCUGUUCCAGCCGGGCGCCGGCCCCAUGUAUCCUGCUUAUGUAUACAGCGGGCCGACCGGGGAAAUGUGUGAAGGCCGGAGUCACAGUUGUGAUCGCAUCCCUGCUCGCCCCUCCCCGCCACCCUCGCCCCGUAACGGGCGGCGAUCAGCCUCGCCCUGGCGAGGAGGGUCGGCCUCUCCCAUCGGACAGGUGCAGGCCCCCUCCGCAGACUGUGGCAGUGGCCGCCCACCACGCCCCAGACGACCACCCCACAGGAGGUCCAAAACAGUGGAAGUGGGUUGUCUGGGUGUGCUGGCUCACCCGCCAUCCAGCGGGGCCAUGCCCGCCGUGGUGCUGGCUGACUCCACACAGAUAUCGCCGCACGCCAUCGCCUACCUCCCCUCCUCGCCCACCUCUCGAGGUCCUCCUCCUAACCAGCUAUACAUGCAAGGCUUUGGCCACCAAAACGUACCCACCUGUCACACGCACACUCAGCCCAGACAGCAAUGUGUCCCGCACAUCGGUACAAUUGCCGAGCAGAGCGGCAGGCUUGGGGUCGAGGCUUGUUCUAGCAGGAAAGGAACACCGUCGCCAUCCAUGAUGACGUCGCUGUACAGUCCGCCAUCCUUGCCAGUACCUUCACCUGUGUUUGACAGGCAAGCACACGCAGGUUCCUCGAAACAUAAGGGCAGCUCUGUGGAGGAGCGAGUGAGCAGGUUGGAGGGUGACAAGGAGUCCUUGCAGCUUCAGGUGACAGUCCUCAGUGAGCAGGUGGAGGCGCAGACGGAGAAGAUAGCAGACCUGGAGAGUCUCCUCCAACAAAAGAAGGACCAACUGCACAAGUCUGAGGAACAGUUACAGAAAGAAGCAAUGGCAAGAUCGAGUUUGGAGACGCAGUGUCUGGAACUAGUAAGUGAAAUAAGCAAUUUGAAGCUCCGUCAAGCUGCAUACGAACGCGAAAAUAUUGAUCUUCGAGAAAAAAUUAGACGAUCGGAUCAUCAAUCUGAUCAUGCCAAAGCACAGCCAGCAGUGUCUGGUGCCUGUAUUGGACGCACUCCUAGCAUCCGGAGCGUGACACCCGCGGCUGCUUCCACUCCUAUUCACUCCUUCCUGGUCACACCAGAUUCACCACCACCUAGUCACCAGCUUGCAGCCCAGCUGACCAACUCCCCUUCUCCAAGUAGCAUCUCAACCCUGUCCACAAUCCCAGCCUCCUCACCCACCAAGUCCCCCGCUCAACCCACCACUGCUUCACCUGCCUCAUCACCAGUAGCCUCACAUGAUACUCGCGAGUUCAUGCCACCGAGGACCCCACCACCAAAUGCUAGACGAAAAAUUGACCAGUUUGGCACAGUUCCCCGCCAAAGAGAGGCUGGAGUGUGUGGAGAAAACAACCAUGGAGCACCAUCUUCAGGACGAUCUAAGGGCGUCAUGUUCGGUAAAGGAUUUCACUUCCUUCCAUUCCGUGUGGCGGGAAAACGGAGCACUUCGGCCCCCAACUUAGCGGAGACUGAAAUGCAGAUGAUCGAUGACCUUUCCGAAGGAGAUUACUACCCACAGGUGGAUGGGGUGGUACAGUCUGCAUCAUCAUCUCCACGGUGCAAUACCCUCACUGGCCAUAGGUCUCCACCCACACACCCCAAGGCAACAGGCAUCAAAAAAAUAUUUACCAGGUUGCGUCGUAGCAGUUCUGGUCAUCUUGACAGUGACCUGGGGGAAGGAGAUUUCAGACGAGGAGGAAUGAGAGCCACUGCUUCUGCCCGCCUUGGCUGGACAUCUCCUACAACCUCUUUUAAAGAGCCAAAUGAAGCCUUUACUGGAUGGAGCAUAGAGACUAUAGAAGCAUGGUUUGGUGCUCUUGGACUGAGUCAGUAUUGUUCAGGUGUUCGUGCUUGGUCGUCAUCUGGACACCAUUUGUCUAGAGCUACACAACAACAACUGGAACGAGAGCUUGGCAUUCGCCAUCCGCUACAUCGAAAAAAAUUACAAUUAGCAAUUGCGGCAAGACUGUCUGGGGACCAAAUUAAUACUCCAUUAGCUCGAUUAGACCAUUCCUGGGUAUUGCGGUGGCUGGAUGAUGUGGGUUUACCUCAGUAUAAAGAUUCCUUUAGUGAAGCUCGCAUUGAUGGUAGAGUUCUCAACUGCUUGACAUACGAUGACUUGUCUUUCCUCCGUCUCUCUAACCUCUUACAUGUCACAUCUUUAAAGCGAGGUAUUCAGGUGUUACGAGAGCACAACUUUGAUCCUUCUGUGCUGAAACGUCGUUCAGUGCCAGAUGAGGGUCAGAGAAUUAGAACAGCGGCUGAAGUUGCCCUUUGGACAAAUCACCGGGUCAUGGAAUGGCUACGAACCGUUGACCUCUCUGAAUAUGCUCCCAAUCUAAGAGGCUCAGGAGUUCAUGGAGCACUAAUGGUUUAUGAAGUCCGCUUCACAUCUGAGCUUCUUGCAUCACUCCUUUCAAUACCUUGUGGUAAAACACUCCUAAGACGACACCUCAACACACAUUUCAAGGAGUUGGUUGGGCGUUCUGUAGUCCAGGAAAAGAGAGAAUUAGAAGCUGCAUCUGGGUACACUCCUCUAACCACCUCAGCUAAAGUCAAGAUGCCCAAAAAAUCCCAGUUUUCUCUCAAGCGCAAGAAAUCUAAGUCUGACUUGGAAUUUGACGACUUGCUGUGCCCUCUUGAUGAGAAACCUCCAGUUGGUGCUCUGCAGGACAAGGACAAGGAGCGUCUCCAGCGAGCGUCCGCUCCACCAGUGAUUGGCCGCAUCACCAAGGUGUAGUUGGAAGACUCUACUGGUUGUCAGACUUCUCUACUAGUCUGACCAGUCUACAGCUCUCACUUCUGCCUGCGUCCAGUGCCUCUUUAUUGACAUGUGAGCCAGUGUACAUUCAUCUAAGUCAGGGAUUUGAACUUUCAUUUUCUGUAGUUACGAGUUACAAUUUUCUUUAGUGAUUACCAAAAAUUAUUAAUUUUAAUAGUGGCAUAUUUUAAGAUACUGUUCCAUUUAUUAUCUCAAAUAAUAAUCUUAGUUAACAAUAUACUGUACUGAAAUAUUAUUUGAGAGAUGCAAGAGACAAUCUGUACAAGAACAUAUUCCUACUAGAAAUACCAUUUCUUGUAUUCUGAAAUGGACUGACUUCCAUGAAUGAACUUUCAGGCUUACCAACCUCAUAUGUGCCUUAUUGUUAUGUUACCAUUGAUGAAAUGCCAUUCCAUUCCGGCAGUUUGGAGGCAUGGCAGAUUUUCACUACCAUGUGCACUUGUUCUUGACAUCUCUGCAAUUCCUCCACAAAAAAUCUAUGAAAGAUGUGACAUAAUUGUUUAUUGUUCCUAAAUAGUUCCAGCUUAUGGUUAAAAGAAGUCAUACUUGUCAGACAGUGAAGUGGUCUACUGAAUUUGGCCAUUGCUCAAAUUAAAAUUUCAUGUUGAUAAAAUUCCAUACGAAGUGAUCAUGUAUAACUGCAAAAUUAAAAAAGAUAUCGUAUAUUAAGUUUAAGAAAAAAUGAGCUGAUUUUGUUUGUUUGAGCUUGAGAUUGCAGUGAAAAGGAUCUUUUAAAUUAUAAUAAAAAUAUGUCAGAUCUCAUUAGAGAAAGGUUAUUUACAUAGCUUGAUCAAAAAGUAAUUUAACUUGCCUUGGAUGAUAUAUGAUCCUUGUACACAUUGUUCAAAACAAAAUGAUACCUGGUUUCUUUAAGGAAAUACAUAAGUUUUAAUUUAAGUUUUAAUUUAAGGGAAAUGUCUGAGUCAUAUUAAUCUUGCCAAGUUUCUUUAGUAAUCAAUUUAUUAAUAUUUGACUUUUUUGACUGUUAUUAAAUACAUGUAUUAAAAAAAAUUUAUGCUGCAGAUAAGUUGAGAGUCAGACAUUGGCCUUUAUUAUGUAAUUUGUGCAGCUACAUGCAUCAGGGACAGCUAAAUUGAAGCUUUAAUGUAGGUGAAUGACUGAGCUUGCCAAGUAUUGUACACGAUGAUGGGGGUACAUGUACACUGUGUUGAAGCUGGUGAACAGGAAAUGUUCAGCAAAGUGCCAAUAUUGGUUUUAAAUAUUGUAUUUACUGCUUAUGAUAGGUAGUCAGUACAUUAGAGAGAGAGAACAGUCUUUGUAUAGAUUUUUAAAAUAAGAUUUAUAUAUGAUUAUUUCUAGUUCUGAAGUGAUAACUUUCCACACCAAACGUAAUUGGCAGCAUAAGAAGGAAUACAGAUAUUAAAUGACUAAAGCUUGUUUUCUACCUUAAAUAUCUUAAUGAAUUCCUUUAUUUUAAUUUUAAUUUACAUUGCCAUCAUGUAAACAACAAAUACAAACUUGUCUUAGGGAGGAUGUAAGGAUUUGGUACAAGUUUUAUUUCUCUUAAAUAUUUUGCUACUUAUUGCUUGGUACUCAAGUUACCAGUAUACUGUAUACUGUUGCAUUGCCUUUCAUUAUAAGUAGAUUACAGAAGAGUCAACAGUCAGGAACUGUCGGUGUUUUUCUGUGCCAGUUGAAGCUUUUGGAUGUAUUUUAUUGUUUGAUUUAUAAAAAAAAAAAAGAGUUCAUUGUACAGUAAUUAAAAAACCAGACCAAGCCACAUUUGUGCUCCAGUGCACACCAUGCAGAGAAAGUGACUGAUUAGUUGUUAUAUUAAUAGUAUAAUAUUAAUUCAUUGAUUUAACACCAUGACUAACAGGUUAUAUGGUAUCACACAUUACACUAUGGUGGCGAGAGGAAACACCUUCCCAACCUCCUAGUCACUGCUCCCGCCCGACACCUGGCAAGUGUCGAGCAAUACGCUCGGCAUCACUAAAUUGUUUUCUCUUUUUUUUUUUUUUUGGAAGUGUAAAAAUCUUUACAUUUUAAUCCAUAAUUUUUGUUUAAUGUAUUCAUAAAUAAUUGGAGCAUAAUAUAUUAUUAGAUAAUUUUGUAAUUUGUGUAUAAAAUCAUUCACAGUAAUUCAAAAAGGAAAAGCAAACAUUUUGCUAUUCAGGAUGAUGAAACUUGCUUCAUUUUACUUUAUGAUUAAAUUCUAUUGUAACAUUGAUUUAUUGUUCCACUUCACUAAUUAUUUUGGCUUGUUAUGUAUCUUUAUAAAGUUCUCCAGCCAGUACUGAUCAUGCUGUUUAAACUCAUUAUCUGGGGAUGAUUUCUAAGAGGUUUUUAUUAAAAUCACUAAAUCAUU